GUCACGUGUGUGUGACGCACGCACGCACGGCACGCACGCGGAUCAUCUGGUGACGUGGUGUGCCGUUCGCUCAGCUGCGCGAGAGGAUGGCGGACCAGAACAGGCAAAUCAAACUCGCUGCAGCCAAGAAAAAGCUGAAGGAGUUUCAACUGAAGACAACCCCAUCCACAGCAAGUGCUGGACCAAAGAAGAAGAGGAAGGUUAAAGCAGGCGAUCAGCUGGACGCAGCUGCUGACAGAAACUCGCCGGACAAUGAUGAUGUGGAUGCGGUGAGCCGGGUCUCGCAGGAGCUGGAGGAGACCAGUGCUGAACCCGUCUCUUACCCCGCUUCUGCUAUUAACUCUGAUAACGCUGGCAUGCAGAAGUACGCAGCAGAUGCAAACGGCGAUGAACAUCCUCUGGAAGAUAACAGGCCGCUGUCGUCCACCGAGAGCCUGAGACAGAUUUCCCAGCAGCUCAACGGACUGCUGUCUGAGUCAACAACAUACAUCAAUGGAGACAGCGGUCCGCCGACGGUCAACGAGAAGGAGCUGGAGACUCGCAACCAGGAGCUGGCAGCGGCUCUGGACUCCAGCGCGCUCACGAACGCCCAACUCACGUCCAAACUCGAGACGCUGACGAAGCAGUCUCAGGAGCUUUCUGAUCAACUACAGAAGGAGCGCAAAGAGUUUGAGCAGAAGUUCACUAAGGAGCAGGGAGCAAUACGUGAACAGCUACAGGUUCACAUUCAGACCAUCGGCAUCCUGGUGUCUGAGAAAUCAGAGCUACAGACGGCUCUGUCUUACACACAGCAGGCAGCGCGACACAAGACAGGAGAGGCAGAAGACCUGAGCUCGCGGCUGCAGGCCAGUAAACAGCGAGUGUCUGAGCUCGAGAGGACGCUAUCUACAGUCUCUACACAACAGAAGCAGUUUGAGAAGCAUAAUAAAGAGCUUGAGAAGGAGCGGGACAGUCUACGAUUGGAAGUCUUCCGGUUUAGUAAUGUGAGCGAGGAGUCCAGACAGCAGAGCUCAGAGCUGUCCGAGCAGCUCAAGCUGAGAGUAAACGAGAACAACGGCUUGAAGCAGGAGGUUGAUGAGCUCCGUAAGCGGCUGGAGAUGGCCGACGUCAUGCUGCAGCAGUUCUCCAGUCAGUCGGGUCCUCCGUCUGAAGGGCAGCAGGUUCAGCUCCUCCUGGAAGAGAAACACCAGUUAGAGGCUCACGCGGCUCAGCUGAUGGAGUCGGUGGCUCAGCUGCAGGUGGAGAGAGAUCAGUACUCUGGACAGAUUCAGGAGGAGGGACGCUUGUGGAAGGACAAAACAGAACAGCUUCUGUCUCAGGUGCGUCUGAUGUCAGAGGAGCGUGACAGCACUGCUGCUCAGAUUCAGGACCUGCAGGAGAAAAUCACAGAGCUGGAGAAUGCUGCAGUUCUGAUGAGUAAAGAGCAGGAGCCGCAGGCCGUGUCACAGGCCUCAGGCCCUUCAGAAAGUGAACUGGCCCUUCAGGAAACCAUCAGCAGCCUUCAGCAGGAGAGAGACGCUCUCAGUCUGCAGUACCAAGCACAGGUGCGAGACAACGAGCAGCUGAGCCGACUGGUGCAGGAACAGGAAGUGAGGCUGGAAGAACUGGAGAGACACGCAGAACGCGCCGCUGAAGAGGCUCAGGAUCGACUGCAGAUUCUGGAGGACGUCCAGAGCGACAAGGCCACCAUCAGCAGAGCCCUGGCCCAGAACCGAGACCUCAAAAACCAGCUGGCCGAGCUGCAGAACGGCUUCGUCAAGCUGUGUGUGUGUGUGUGUGUAGGUGAAUACAUCGCGCUGUAUCAGAACCAGAGAGCCAUCAUGAAACAAAGACACUUUGAGAAGGAGCAGUACAUCAACAUUCUGGCUAAAGACAAGGAGGAGAUGAAGGCGAAGCUAGCGGAGCUGCAGGAUCUGGUCAUGCGUCUGGUGGGCGAGCGUAACGAAUGGUACAGCAGAUACACGAGUGCCGUCAGUAACCCCGGCCUCCUGUCCUCCGGAGGAGAACACCUUCAUCCUGCCGACGGACACACGGACGGUUCCGCCGUUCUGGACCUGAGCACAGCGGUGGAGGCGUCUACAGCGCCUCAGUCCGGCACCGACCCACAGACUCAAUCCCAGAGUCCAGAGAGGCCUGGAUCCGCCCCCCUGAGACCCACAGAGGACGGCACGGCCCGCCAGAUCAUGCAGCUCCUGCAGGAGAUCCAGAAUCCUCAGGCCAGACCCGCUCCCUUCCUGGGAGAAAACCCCUGCAUCCCGUUCUUCUACCGGCCCGACGAGCACGACGAGGUCAAGAUCCUGGUGGUGUGACCGCGUCCGUCUCUCCGUGUCCGUUUGACGAUACGCACACACGUAUUAAAUGGGGUUUCUCUGCUUUCUUCAGUGGAUAAGAGAAAUCGGAUGCAUUCUGAAGCUCUUUGGCUCCGUUUGGUUUGUGUGUAAACCAGUUAUCAGUUUUCGCUGCUCUGUGUCUUUUCCCUGAUUCAUUCGUCCUCUUUUACUUUAUCAAAUAAGUGCAAUAGACAGGUGACAGAUCAGUGAUUCAUAUCAGUAUGAUUCAGAUCCAUGCCGGGUGGGAUAGUGAACUCGCACACUAACUAGGGUACAGCGAUGAGUAGCAUUGAUGUCAUAAAGCAGGUCUGGAUUAAGAUGAUGAAGAGUUUUCUGAGAGGACCCGAUUAUGAAGGAUGUAGGGGCAGAGUGUCGAGAAGGUCAUGCAGAAACUGAAUCAGAACUAAAACAUAAAUUCAUAAAUUCACGCAUGCAUCACACUUUAGGUUAGAGCCGAGCCGAGAGUGUUCAGUGGACACAAACCGGGUUGUUUUUGCUUUUCCAAUUGGGAUUUAUUGAAAGAUAUCAUAA